CUUGAUGAUGGCCCGCUGCAGGACGGUUCCCUUGUCCUCUGGCCAGGAUUGUCCAAGGCGUCUCAUCACAUGAGCCGGCUCAGGAAAGCCAAGAUCUAUGUAGAGAGAGCUGUCAAGGAGAAGAAGAUAUUUAUGAUUCAAGGCCGCUACCCAGUAAUCCGGUGCCUCUUGCGCCAGAGGGGCUGGGUGGAGAAGAAGAUGUUCCGCUCCUUGGAUACCACCCAGCCACCACCCCAGAAGGAUCUGGAUAGUUCAGUCCUGGAGGAUAACAACACCACUGAGGAUGAGGAUGAAGAUGAGGAUGAGGCGUUCCAGCCACCACAACUGUUUGACUUCAAUGAUGCACUGGAACUUGAUGACCUAGAUGGGACACAUGCUCUGAUGUCUCGCAUGGUUCGGAAUGAGAUCCCCUACUUCAUCUGGACCACUCGGCGGGAUGUGCUGGACUGUCGCCUCCUCUCUAAGGAUCAAAUGAUAAACCACUAUGGCCGGGCUGGCUCCUUUACCACAAAGGUGGGACUGUGUCUCAAUCUCCGGAAUUUGCCGUGGUUUGACGAAGCUGAUGCUGACUCCUUCUUUCCGCGCUGCUACCGCCUGGGGGCUGAGGAUGACAAAAUGGCCUUCAUAGAGGACUUCUGGUUGACAGCUGCCCGCAACGUUCUCAAGCUGGUGGUCAAGUCUGAAAAGAAGUCAUAUUCUAUCCAGGAAGAAAAGGAAGAGGCCCCAGAAGACAAGCAGCCUGAGAUACAGGAGAACAAGCCAGUGGUGGUGUCCCCAGAUUUUGUGGAUGAGGCUCUGUGUGCCUGUGAGGAGCACCUUAGCAACCUGGCCCACCUGGACAUUGACAGGGACUUGGAGGCCCCGCUGUACCUCAGCCCUGAGGGCUGGUCCCUCUUCCUCCAGCGCUACUACCAAGUGGUCCAUGAGGGGGCAGAACUCAGGCACCUUGAUGCUCAGGUCCAGCGCUGUGAGGACAUCCUGCAGCAGCUUCAGGCUGUGUUGCCCCAGAUGGACAUGGAAGGAGAGCGCAACAUCUGGAUCGUGAAGCCGGGAGCCAAGUCCCGUGGCCGAGGCAUCAUGUGCAUGGACCACCUGGAGGAGAUGCUGAAACUGGUGGAUGGCAACCCCAUGAUGAUGAGGGAUGGCAAGUGGGUGGUGCAGAAGUAUAUCGAGCGGCCCCUGCUCAUCUUUGGCACCAAGUUUGACCUGAGACAGUGGUUCCUGGUGACCGACUGGAACCCACUUACUGUGUGGUUCUAUCGUGACAGCUACAUCCGCUUUUCCACACAGCCCUUCACCCUGAAGAACCUGGACAACUCAGUGCACUUGUGCAACAACUCCAUCCAGAAGCACCUAGAGAAUUCGUGCCAUCGGCACCCGCUGCUGCCCUCAGACAACAUGUGGUCAAGCCAGAAGUUCCAGGCUCACCUGCAGGACAUGGGAGCCCCAAAUGCUUGGUCCACUGUCAUCGUGCCUGGUAUGAAGGCUGCCGUGAUCCAUGCUUUGCAGACCUCCCAGGACACUGUGCAGUGUCGGAAGGCUAGCUUUGAGCUCUAUGGUGCUGACUUUGUGUUUGGGGAAGACUUCCAGCCCUGGCUGAUCGAGAUCAAUGCCAGCCCCACCAUGGCACCCUCCACAUCUGUCACCGCCCAGCUCUGUGCUGAUGUGCAAGCUGACACCCUGCGUGUGGUCAUUGACUGGCGGCUAGACCGAAACUGUGACACGGGAGCCUUUGAGCUCAUCUAUAAGCAGCCCCUUACCACUCCCCCAGCCUCCACACCAAGGCCAGGCUGCCUUCUCUCCACGUGCCCCGACCCCAGGGGCCGGUCCUCAGACUGCAGCACAGCAAGCUGGUGGGCUCUAAGGCCCUGCUGACCACAGGCAAGGCCUUGAUGAUUCUACCUA